AUGGCCGGUGGCAACAAGGUCAUCGUCGAGCCCCAUCGCCACGGCGGUGUCUUCAUUGCCCGCGGCAAGGAAGAUGCUCUCGUGACGCUCAACUCGACGCCCGGCAAGUCGGUCUACGGCGAGAAGCGUAUCUCGGUCGAUGUGCCUGCCGCUUCGGGCGAGGGUACCGAGAAGGUCGAGUACCGCGUGUGGAACCCGUUCCGCUCCAAGUUGGCUGCCGCGAUCCUCGGCGGUGUCGACAACAUCUGGAUGGGCCCCGGCGCCAAGGUCCUCUACAUCGGUGGUGCCUCGGGUACGACCGUCUCGCACGUCUCGGACAUUGUCGGCCCCACGGGCGCCGUGUACGCUGUCGAGUUCUCGCACCGCUCGGGCCGCGAUCUCAUCAACAUGGCCAAGUCGCGCACGAACGUGAUCCCGAUCAUUGAAGAUGCUCGCCACCCGCUCAAGUACCGCAUGCUCGUGCCGAUGGUCGACACGAUCUUCGCCGAUGUCGCCCAGCCCGAUCAGGCCCGUAUCGUCGCCCUCAACGCCUCGUACUUCCUCAAGAACGGCGGCCACUUCGUCGUCUCGAUCAAGGCCAGCUGCAUUGACUCGACGGCGCCCGCCGAGGCCGUCUUCACGCGCGAAGUCAAGAAGCUCCAGCAGGACCAGUUCAAGCCCGCCGAGCAGCUUACGCUCGAGCCGUAUGAGCGUGACCACGCCGUGGUCGUCGGUUCGUACCGCGUCGCGAAGAAGGAAAAGAGCUUGGUCGAUUUGUCGGUGUCCCUUCGCUCGUGCUGCAUCAUGGAAUCUGCGUCGGUGUUACAUCCACCAGUUCGGCCGCAGCGCCACUCGGAGGUCACCAAGUCACAACCCCAGCAACGGUACGAGCUCAUUAGCAGCCACGAUACAGGCUCGUUCAGCUGGCUCGUUCGCUACACGGCCGUGCACUUUGCCUCUCUGAGCGUCCCGAUCCGCGGCCACGUCACGCUAACGAGCCGAGACGAGUCCAUCGGCUACAGUGGUGACACGACGCUCGGCGACUCCUGUGCGCCGUGGAUCCUAAGCGACGAGGUCGUCCUCACGUACACGGUCGACACGUAUGCCAGCCCACCGACGCUGCCAGUGGUGUCGAUCGACACGGUGAGUUUCUGGCACCCGUCGUCCUUUGAGCCCGAAGCGGUGUGCGGCAAGGACGACGUGAACAAGCAGCCGUCGGCGGGCCACCUCGUGACCAACCACCGCUGCAUCAAGACGCUGGACGCGGCGGUGCAAAAGGUCCAAGUCGAGCUCGGCGUUUGCGACGACGCCGACAACAAGAAGGCGGUCGCGUGCAAGUGCUCGGUCGUCGCCACCGAGGCCGAGCUUGUCUACCUCGACAACAACAUGGACUUGGCACUCUUAUAUAUUGGGAACCACGCGGCGGUUGUCGUCGACUCGGGCAAGCCCGGUGUCGUCACGAACGCGAGCAUCAACGUUUGUGUCGAAGAAAAAAUCGGGUACGACCUGGAUACGCAAGGCGGCAACUCGGGCUCCCCAGUGCUCUCGACGUCAACCUGCACAACUGUCGUGGAAGCUCCGCCCGGCAAACGCGCUCGCAACGAGUAG